AUGCCGGGUGUGACAGAUACCCACAGGCCUUAUGUAGAGAAGACUACUGUGGCGGUUGUAAUGCCAGGUUCUAUGACGGCAAGAAGGAAGUCACCAGCGAGUGUUCGCUGUGAGUACUCUGCCAACAUAUGGUGCCUUGCAUGUGUGUGCACGUUCCUGGGGUCUAUCACACACAGACUACUAGGCAUUGACAUCAUUAGAGAGGGCAAUAAUUCUACUGGACAUUACAGGACAGCAACAUGCAACCACUUGCGCGCACGCACACACACACUCACACACAUGCGCUGUUGGCAUAAGAUAUUUGAAAACGCAUCAUACACCCAUUCUCUUACACAUAUACACAGACGAUGCCGACAUAAAACAGUUGAAAGCACACCAUAA